UUUUUUUAAAAUAAUAAUAAUAAUAAUUGGUUUUUGAUUUUUAAUCUUUAUGUCGGCGUCAGACUUACCUUUCGAGAUUCUCUCGAAUAUCGCAAGGUUUACACCAACGAGUGACAAGUGUUGCUGUAUUCUGGCUUGCAAGGCAUGGAAGAUUCCAUUUCAAGAAUCACUCUGGAGAAAAAUACAAGUUUAUUCUAUGAAAGAACUCGAAAAUAUUAGCGACAUAAUAAACAGUUCGACAAACAAGACUAUGCCCUUUAAUCUGAUGACUACAGACAUACGCUUUACUGGAAUAAUAAACUUCACUGGCUGGCAGAAGAAUAAUGUCUUUCAAGCAUUUCCGAACUUGGAAUAUAUCGAUAUGGGAUCCCUUUUUUUCAGUGAAAUCAAAAUGGAUGAAAUCAAGUCAAAUCUUGAAUGGUCGUCGAUCACCAAGCUUAAGACCAAAUUUAAGCAUACGCGUUCUAGAAAUUCGACCAUAAAGAUGCUCGGUAUCUUGCGAAGUACUCCCAACCUCCGAGUAUUAGACAUCGGUCCACAUUAUCGUCGGGUUCCACUCGAGCUUAGCUUGCAACUCUAUAAUAAUCUGCACAACAUGUUACCAUCUCUGACAAGCAUGGCGGCUAACCUAGCACUCGAUGAUAUAAACCGAAGAGAUGCACGAAAGAUUCGAAAAACUGAACCAGCGCUCCAUUUAACAAGUCUAUAUUUGCACCUGACGAGCUGGGAUAGUAUGUGGUUGUACUACUUUGCCUACAAGUAUCCUAACCUGCGCACUUUGAAAUGGAGAGCCCCGUGCCAAACAGAAAGAGGAGUGAUCAUUAAAGAAUACGGCGAAGAAGAAGUAUCAUUACUCCGUUCGAUUAAGAAAGUGUUCCCGAGCUUGGAAUCGCUCGAUUUUUACACUGAAGAAACGACAGAAUUGUCGCAUGCUAUAUUAUGGGAAUUUAUUUGUCGGUCAAGUGUACCUCUCAAGACAUUACACUACAAGCUCAAAUUUGGUGCCUCUGGAGCGAUAUUCCUUGGAACGGUUAUCCGCCGACUUUUACAAUCCUUCAUAAAAACCCUUGAAAGAAUCUCUGUUAUUGGUGAUUUUUGUUUUGAAAAGGAUAACAUUGUAGAGCCUGAAUUUCCGUUUAGUGCACGGUUGGUGAGCAUUGAAAUCAAAGACUGUGGCAUAUCGAUUGCAUUGGACAACCUAUUGGAUAAUUACCCCGCCUUACUACAGUUAACUUUCUACAACGGACAGCUAUACAUCAGUCCAGAGGCAGCGCUUAGAGAGUCAAGGCAGCAUGGAUUAAAACUCUUGAAUCUAAAUUCCAUUGAAGCAAAUGCCUCCGUGCUUAGUUACACAUCCUUCAGGUGCAGAAAUUUACAAUAUAUGGAUUUGGGCCACUCGGAAAUUCAUGGAUCAAGCUCCACUGAAAAUGGAAGCCUAUACAUUGACAUGUCUUACACAAGCUUCAAGUCCUUGAAAUUUUCCGACGCCAUGUUUUACUAUUCUAAUGACGAUGAUUAUAACUAUGACGAUGAUCCAAGCAAGAAUACUGCCAUCAAUUUGGUAUUGCUUUCUCGUUUGGCUGGAAAUUGUCCAGCAACUGGAAAACAAGACAUUAAAAAAUCCGAAUAUUCUGUGGAACAUCUAGCUUGGUACCACUUCUACUGUGAACUUGAAUACGUAUUCGAUUUCACUCUAAAGAUCAGGAAGCUUUCGGAACAAGAGGUUAUUAGUGCUGUUGAUUACUUUAAAGAGUCUCAGCUCAAAAAAGACAGGGAAAAUAUUUCUGAAGUUGAGAGAUCUGGCUUUGGACUGGUUGAUAAAGAUUAUUGGAAGGAGGAUCUUUGUAGAGGAUAUGUCGAAUUAAGAUGUGGUCACAUUGCUAAAUAUUGACAGCAGUACUUUAUAUAUAUACAAAGUAGACUGGUUGUUUCCAUUGGGACAGUUUAAGAAACGAUGUCAAUACUAUUCUAAGAAAAAAAAUGUUUAUCCAAGUUUAUUUAAAUAUUUGAUAUUAAAACAAAAAACAAACAUAACCCAUACAAAAAUUGAAAUCCUUGGUUCAAAUAAAAUAGCAAUAAUUACAAUGUAUUGUUUAGUUUCUUUUACCUUAUUUCAUAUAUUGUAUCCUCAUCUUCUAAAAUUUAUGAUAGCACUUCUUCCUAAAAUUUCUUUUGGUUUUUUAUACUACUAUCAAUUUAAAUAUUCAUUACCCAUUUGCAC